AUGCCAAGGUUAAUUACACUAGGACACAGUGAUUCUAGGUGUUAUUGGCACAUUAUAAAACUUACAGAGUGCUUUUAUUGGGAAACGGCAGUGUUACCCACAUCUUACGAUAACGAUUGGGGUUUUUGGGGCCCGUUCUAUCAAUUUUGUGGAAUGUCUCAUUCUCUAACAGGACAGGAUGUGCUAUUUAUGGAAAGCAAUCAAUCUCAAAGGCCUUCAGAUUUGUUGUGCUGCGAUAAGCCAGUGAUGGAUGCGAACAUUGAUCCUGUUCAAUCCGCUUUAUCACCUAUUUGCUCUAGGCGGCGUUUCAUUAAAGGAGUUGCUAGUUCAAUUUCGGCAGCCCUAAUAGAUAACUCCGAGCUUCCUAAGACUUUUCAAAAGAGGGAUUACCCUGUUCUUUUUCUGUGCGAACAGGAUCAGGAAAGAGUUCCUGCACCUCUCCAUCGCUUUUCAGAUCCUCCUCGUUCGAGCAUCAAAUCCAGAUUCUCAGCAGUUGUUGGCCCACAGAUGCAUCUUCACACGCUCGCCCAGUUUCAAAGGGCUAUUGUACGCACACAGGGAUCGGCACCAUGCAAGCGACCACGGGUCCGCGGGGCCAGUCCACCGCUCGGCUGCGUCACGGGUCUGAUUCGCUCGCUCGAGGCUUGGAAGGACCCUGCGCAGGCGCCAUCCUCUAAGGAGCAGGCCAAAUUGAACAGCUUUGCAUGCGAGCGCAGCCGCCGCCAAAAGCACGCUAUCCUCCGUCUCUGGCUCGAGGCCGCCCAAAGGAUGCUCAUCAGUAGCACAUUUUACCGGUUGAAGCUGAUGUAUCGCAUAUUCCGGGCAAUGCGAGCAUUUGCGAUAGUGUCAAGGAAGCGACAGGUGACGGAAACACCGGCGGCAGUGACAUUGGCGGCAAAAACGGAGGAGGAGAUGAAGCAGAUGGGGCGCGCAGCGGCCCACGACCGACGACGCCUGUUGAGGCGGGUGCUGCGGGCCUGGAUCCGUCGGGCCCGCGGACUUCGUCUGGCUCUCCAUCAGCAGAGCGUUGUCACCUUUCACACCCGACGGACUCUCCUCCAACGCGCUCUACGCGCUUGGCUUAACUUUUGCGCUUGCCGAACCUCCAUCCACAUCGCCGUCGCGCACUUUGAGGCGACAAAGGACACGAGGCUAUGUCGUACUGCCCUUCGACACUGGAGAUCGGUGGUGAGCAGGCAGAAAAGAAUGUAUGAGUGUUACUACAGCGUCCGCGCGCUGCAUCAGAGGCACCUGAUGGGUCGGGUGCUGAGGCGUUGGCGCCACCACGCUCACGUCAAGGCUACCGCCACGAGGAUUGCCGAGGCCAUGACCCGACGUGGUCACAAACGUCUCCUUCGUAAGGUCCUCGUGCGUUGGCGCUCGAUGAGACACGAGUUGAGAAGGGAGCGGCUGGAGGUGGAGGAGGCUGUGAGGCAGCACUGGCGGCGCGCGGCGAGACCCUUCCUUUGCAUAGUGUUCCAGCGCUGGCGCAAUGAGAUGCGCGUCAGCCAGCGCUACGAGUUCUCCGCACAGGCUUCGCAGCGCCGCAUUCUUGCCUCCGCCCUCCGCACUUGGCGUCACCGAUUGAUUGAGGCACACGAGAGGAACAUCCUCCUCGAGCAGGCGUACUGCUUCCGCAACAUGCAUCUCCGAGUAUACUACUUUGCUCGAUGGGUAGAGGCGCAGAAGGAGGUGCAACGUGUGCGAUCACUGGAGAAGGUGGCGCUAUGGCAUUGGGCGCUGACCCUGCAGGCGAGAGCGUGGAGGGCCUGGACAGUAUACCUCACAGCGGUGCGAGCCGUCCAUAUCCGACGGCAGAGAGCCUUCCAACGCUUCUCAGAGCGUCUCGCUAAAAACGCCAUCGGACUUUGGCUUGGAGCCGCCUUCGGCGUCCAGCAAACUGCUCUAGAUAGAGAGUCUCCUUGGAACAAAGGAAUAUUGCGUUUCUCUUAUCUAUGGUGUGGUGCAAUGCCCCUUGAAAAACGGGCACCUCGGUCUUUGAAAAAAUUUGAACCAUUAAAUGCUGAAGGUGUUGGCUACAAAGGGAUACAGACUACGGAUCCCCCCAACGUUACGGUCUUAAAUACGUCCGAGAAUUUUAAAAGUAGCAAAUGUUCAAGUCGACUUCAACCCAAAGUACCGGGUUUCCUACUGGACACACUACAAAUACGCAAGGUGUCCGAUGUGGUGAGAUGGUAUAAAGAGUCUUGCAAUAUGAGUAAAGAAGAUGACUUUAUGGGAGUAAGUUAUUUAAAGAACUUAGGCGCCGAAAGACUGGCUUCUGGCGAGUUCUCAUCUGAUCUUGCCAAAGAAUUCACAGACGCUUGUGGAGAACAUCCAAGUUUUUCGCUAAACCGUUUCAACGAGAAGUCAGUUGACGUAGCAGAUAAAUUUGCCAAGCUGUUGUCAUUGUUAGCUGCAGAAAGGCAUGUGGGUUUUGUCAAAGAGCUCAGUACGCGAAUUGCAACUCUUCUCACUUUUGAGGCUGCAAAUACUUCCAAUCAUUUGGUUGAGGAAGUGGAUCAUGAAUUAGAGAGGGCAAGACGUGAUCAGUCAGAUGUUCAAUGUCAGAUUCGGGAACUUCGAUGGCAAUGCGCAUCUUUGUUAACAUACAUAAAUGAUAUGCUGGUCUAA